CUCCUCUUCCUCGUCUUUGACAGUGAAACAUGGCCGCGUUCAUGAAGACAGUGUCGUAGUCUGAAGUUCUGCCUUUAUUCAUGUUUCCAGGUUCACUGUCAUAUAUUUCCAGUCGUUCUGAACUUUGACCGGACGAUGUCAGAUAAAGAGGCCGGUGAAGGGAAGCAGAGCUCCGGGGAGAAAGGUUACCGGACCCCCGGGCUGAGGGGGGCUCAGACCACCACUCUGUUCCGAGCUGUCAACCCUGAACUCUUCAUCAAACCUAAUAAGCCUGUGAUGGCGUUCGGACUGGUCACCAUCACUUUGUGUGUGGGCUACCUGGGCUACCUGCACGCCAUGAAAGAGAACGACCAGCAGCUGUACGAGGCCAUUGACAGUGAGGGGGAGAGAUACACGAGGAGGAAAACUUCCAAAUGGGACUGAUGACACUACAUGUUCUAUAACACUGAGUGUGGGUGUGUGUUUGUUUGAGGACAGAGUGAAUUAAAAACUGAUAGGACUGAAACAA